AUGUCUCACUGGAGGCUCAGGUUCCCCGCUGACACUUUACACAGGGCUGGACUGGGGUCCCUGUUGCUUCUGCUGCUGCUGCUUCUGGUGUCAGGGUCUUGCACCGAAACUGUCAAUUUCCUCACCUUUGAGGAAGAAGCCCUUGGCACCUUCAUCGGUGUUCUGUCUGACCACAUCCUGUUUAAUUCCCAGCGCGAGGUGCCAGGCCAGUUCCACCUUAUUAAGAUCAACAGCUCGCUGGUCCAGGUGCAAGAGGGCGACGUCCUCAGAGAUGCGGGCCUGGACCUCGAGCGGCUGUGCGGCCAGGCCUUCAAAGUGGUACGCUUUUGGCAGGAGCAGUUCCGGCUGGUGCACGUGGAGGUGGAGGUGAGGGACGUCAACCACCACGAGCCACGCUUUUCCCGGGCCCAGAUCCCGGAGGAGGUGUCUGAGGGCGCGGCCGCGGGCAUGCGCAUCCCCCUGGAGGUGCCCAUAGACGAGGACGUGGAGGCCAAUGGGCUGCAGAGAGUUGCCUGGCCGCACAGCCCCUUCCGCGUGGAGCUGCAGACGCGCGCGGACGGUGCCCAGUGCGCCGACCUGGUGCUGCUGCAGGAGCUGGGCCACGAGAGCCAGGCCGCCUACAACCUGGAGCUGGUGGCCCAGGCCGAAGGCCGCCCACCGCGCUCCGCCACGGCCGCCCUCAGUAUGCGCGUGCUGGACGUGAACGACCACAGCCCGGCCUUCCUGCAGGGCGCCGUCGCCGCGGUGGAGCUGGCGGAGGACGCACCCGUGGGCUCGCUACUGCUCGACCUGGACGCGGCGGAUCCCGACGAGGGCCCCAACGGCGACGUGGUGUUCGCUUUCGGCUCCCGUACCCAGCCCGAGGCGCGCCGCCUCUUCCGCCUCGACCGGCGCUCGGGCCGCCUCACCCUGGCCGGGACCGUGGACUACGAGCGCCAGGACACUUACGAACUGGACGUGCGGGCGCAGGACCGCGGCCCCGGAUCCCGCGCCACCACCUGUAAGGUCAUCAUGCGCAUCCGUGACGUCAAUGACAACGCGCCGGACAUCGCCAUCACCCCGCUGGCCGCCCCGGGCGCGCCUGUCGCCUCGCCCUUCGCCGCCGCCGCCGCUGCUCUCGGGGGUGCGGACGCGACCUCGUCGAUGCCAGAGGGGGUGGCACGCGAGAGCCUGGUGGCGCUGGUCAGCACCUCGGACAGGGACUCGGGAGCCAACGGGCAGGUGCGCUGCGCCCUCUAUGGGCACGAGCACUUCCGACUGCAGCCGGCCUACGCGGGCAGCUACCUGGUGGUGACCGCGGGGUCGCUGGACCGCGAGCGCAUCGCCGAGUACAACCUGACGCUGGUGGCCGAGGACCGCGGCGCGCCCCCGCUGCGCACCGUGCGGCCCUACCUGGUGCGGGUGAGCGACGAGAACGACAACGAGCCGCUCUUCACGCGGCCGGGCUACGAGGUGUCGGUGAGUGAGAACAACCUGCCCGGGGCCUACUUGGCCUCGGUGGCCGCCAGGGACCCGGACCUGGGCCGCAACGGCCAGGUCACCUACCGGCUGCUGCAGGCCGUGUCCACCUACGUCUCAUUGGACCCCGUCACUGGGGAGCUGCACGCACAACAGUGCUUUGACCGCGAGGAACUGGCUGAGCUGCGGCUGGGGCUGGAGGCGCUCGACGGCGGCUCUCGGCCGCUCCGGGGCCGGGCCGUGAUGCGGCUGCAUGUGGAGGACCAGAACGACCACGCGCCUCGGCUGGUGACCCCGCCGCUCGUCAGUGACUCAGCCAAGGCCCCUCGGCCCCGGGACGCGCCCCUGGGCUACCUGCUGACCCGACUGCAGGCUAGGGACACGGACAAAGACCUCAACGCGGAGCUGACUUACAUUCUCCGCAGCGACUGCGGCCCCGGGGCGCUAGCGCUACACCCGGCCACGGGUGAACUGUCCCUACAGUGCCGCCUGUCCCCGCAGCCCGCCGACCCGCUGACGGCGGCCGUCGUGGUGCCGGCCGGAGGCCGGCCGGCCCGCCCGGUAGUGCACGGCCACCUUGCUCCUCGUGCCCGCGCACUCGGCGCCACCUGGCGGAGAGGUGGUGCUGGUGCCACGGCCACCUCCGCCGACAAACGAGGAAUGGAGGUAUCCGCGGGACGGCGCAUGGCGCAUGGAGCAGGACGGCACCCUGACCUCUCCGUGGUUGUGGUCGGGGCUUUGACCAGCGGCUGCGGCCUUCCGCCGGUGGCCAUCGUCACCGUGACUUGUUCCUGCUCAGGCAAGGCCAGGACGCGGAGGAAGAGGCUUUGUGAGCACAGACAGAGCAGGUGCCAUGCGAGCAGUGGCCAGGCUUGCCCAUGUUGCAGGACAUCAGGGGCUGAUCCUGGGAGGUCCAACCCAAGGUUCUUCGUGGAGACACCGCCGCUUUCCAUUUCCUCAGAGGUGCAGGAGAACGAGUCUGCCGAGACUUCCCAGUCCGGGAACAGUGCGGUGUCCUUAUGCCCCUCGCCUCGGAAGAGGAACGAGGUCCCCUGGGUCCAGGUAGCGCACCCCCAGCUCUCUUAG